UGAGCAUCUUUACUUGCCAGGAGGCUGUGCAUGAUUGUGGUACAGUACAUCAGCAUUUCAGGAGUUGCAGAGUGAACGUCAAGUCUGCUGUCGCCAUGGGACGACUGAUACUCCCUGGGGUUUUGCUCUGUGUGUUACUCCAUAUCAGCACACCAGCUACCACAGCAUGCUACGUACCAGUGGAUUUGUCUGGUCCAUCGGGCAAUGCAUCUUCUCUUGAGCACCCUGAUCCCUAUCCUUGGGACUAUGACUGCCAACUCUUCACCAUUACUGUCGACGAUGAUAAGAUCAUCCGUCUGAUGUUUGACAGCUUUGAUCUCGGGGAUGAUGAUGUUCUUAUGAUCAGUGAGCCCAACAAGGUUGAUCCUUUGAUUUUACGAGCAGGGAGGCUUCCCAAAAACUACUACAGUUCUGGAAACACAGUGCAGCUCAAUUUCACAUCGGAGAGCUACAAUGCAGACAACCGUACAGGCUUUCUUGCUUACUACACAGAGUCAGAUAGGGUUAUUCCAGAGCUGAAGCAACUUGUCCAGUCCUACAACCUCAUUCCUGGCAAACCUACUGUGAUUCGAUCCCUGGAUUACCCACAAUCCUACCGUGACUUGGUGUUGUAUUUCUUCACCUUCACAUCGACCCCCAACACCAGGAUCUGGGCUGAGAUCAUGGAUCUGGACACGGAGGAAGGACUUGACUUCAUCGAGAUGGGCAACGGGGUCAAUGCCAGCCAGCGAUUUGAGACCAGGUUGGCACGGGUGUCUGGUAGACGAGGCAGGUAUCAGCCAGUGGUAUCGGAGAGCAAUGAGAUGUGGUUGCUGUUUGAGAGCGACUAUUCAGUUACUGGACGUGGAUUCUCUGUCAUGCUGUAUGAGACGUCAAUGGGUCUUCCAGAUGCGAAAAAUGAGACUGCUAUGCCUGCUAAUGUUACAUGUGGGGAAAAUAUCACCAUUCCAGAGUCAGGUUCCACAUCUGUAUCACUGUCCAACUACGACAAUGACUUGCUGUGCAUAUGGAAAGUAUCUGGUGUUGCCGGUUUGAGAAUUAGAAUGACACCAGAUAACUUCAGUCUGGAAUAUGGUUUUGAUGUUCUAGAGAUUGGCAGUGGAUCUGAUCCCAUGGAUCAAUCCUCCCGUUUCAUCUCGCUGACUGGAGAUAAUCUCAGCGGUCCCAUGAUGCUGGAAUCUGACGCAGUAUGGCUCAGAUUCCGCAGUGAUGCCACGACCUCAGAUCAAGGAUUCAGUAUUACAUUUGAUCAGCCCACCACAAAUGAUUGCGGAGGAGAAUUCUACAUUAACGACACCAACCCAAGCAUCACUGUAGCAGUUGACGGCACAGACUUACCAUCGUCGCAAUGCCAGUGGGUCAUUCAUGGUAGACCUGGCCGCUUCAUCAGUGGCAACACCAUCAAUUUCAACACAGAGGAUGUGUAUGACGUAGUAGAGAUCGGCACUGGGGAUAAUCCAGCUGAUCCUAAGACAAGAAUUAAGAUGAUUGCAGGAAGUAUGGAAGAAGGGAUGUUCUACACAACUUCCGACACUGUGUGGGUCACUUUCACCGUCAAUGGCGGCCAGGCUGGGCAAGGCUUCAACAUGUCAUUCACUGAUGAUGCCUGUGGAAUCACCACCCUAUUGGACAGACAGGGAACCAUCCAAUCCCCUGGUUACCCUGUCAGUUACCCUAGCGACGCCGACUGCCAGUGGAUCAUCCAAGUCCGUGGGGGUUAUAACAUCAAACUGACCGUUACUGACCUGAGCACAGAGUAUGGCCAUGAUAAGCUGCUUAUUGGUGGUGUGGAGCCCCAGGAUUCUGGGUGGUCACCGUAUUAUGAGCUGACUGGUGAGAUGGAAUCUGCUCAAGUGAUGAGCCAGUACAACGGCUUGUCCCUGCGACUCAUCAGUGAUGGAUCUAUGCAGUAUGGGGGAUUCUCUGCCACCUAUGAAGAAACAUUUUCCUGCCCCGAGGGAUAUGUACUGGGCAACAAUGGCAGUGCCUGCUACAAGUUUGUAUUGUCCCCAUCUACUUGGGAGGAAGCACGAGAUGAAUGCCUCAAUGUUGCCGAUGGCGACUUGCUUGUUAUCAACGACCAGGCAGAGUUUGAGUACAUCCAAGAGAUGGCCACCAACAUCACUGGUGACUGGUGGGUAGGAUGGUAUGAUCUAGCCAUUGAAGGGCAGUGGAGCUGGGUCGACUGCCAGGCUAGCACUAGCUGGGCCAAUAGCAGGUGGGCCAAUAGUUCCUCUGGAGAUGCUGCUAUGGAAGAAGACUGCGGGAUGUUGCUAGGAGACUCGGGUCUCCUUGACGACAGGAACUGCAGCAUCCCUAUGAAGUUUGUGUGCGAGACCACCAAGAAAGACUAUACUGAUGCAUCUCCAAGUCUCAUCCGUGGUCGAGCAACCUCCAGCUCCAGUAUUCUACUGUCCUGGCGUGUGUCGUCCAUCAUCUGUGAUCUCCGUGGAUAUCAGAUCCGUUACAACACCACUGCAGCCAUGGAUCAGUUCAACUACAUCGACGUCAUGGAUCCACAGGCAAGCUCAGUUGAAGUGACUGGUCUGAUGCCCCAAACCACCUAUCUCUUUGAGUUUGUGUUUGACACAUUCUCCGAUGGUUUGUCCUCCUACCGAACCGCAAAGUCAAUUUUUGCCUCAACAGAAGAAAGCCCAUGCCCCGAGGGCUUUGAGCCUGGUUAUGCUGACAACUGUUACAAGUUUGUCAAGAAGUUGGUGACGUAUGAGGAUGCGAGAGCUGACUGCCAGCGGACUCCAGGGGGCGAUCUUGUCAUCAUCAACGACGUUUCAGAGCAGCAAUACAUUCAGAAUAGAAGUGUGGAUGGUGAUUGGUGGAUAGGUUUGAAUGACCGCGCUGUGGAGGGGCGUUUCCGUUGGCCAGACUGCAGCCCACUGACCAUCUGGCAAUCCAGACAGUGGGCUCCUGACCAACCCAACGACCUGACCGGCAGUCAGGAUUGUGGUCAGCUGUUGGAGACUGGACAAUGGAACGACUGGCAAUGUGACCGACCAAUGCAGUACAUCUGUGAAAUUAUUACCAAAAAUUUUGAACCUGAGGAAGUGAGGCCCAGAUUCUUCACAGCUGUUGAGGUGACCCCAUACUCUAUUCGAUUGUCUUGGCUUCCCCCUGUGAAUGACUGUGACAUCAAGGGCUAUACCAUCAUGUGGAGGCGGGUUGGUGACGCACCCAUGAUGGCACCCAUUGAAGGGGUAGAGACCACCGAACUCAUCGUUGAUAACCUGAUACCUGAAGAGACCUACUCCUUCCAGAUUGCUGCCGAGACAUUCAGGCAGACUCUGCCUUUCAGCUCGCCCCGGAAUGUGACGUUGUCGCCAGGCACUGGCUUCUGCCCCGGUGAUUAUGAGAUUGGCCUGAAUGACACCUGCUACAAGUUUGUCAAGAGGCUGGUGACUUGGGACGAAGCAAGGAUGGAUUGCCGCUCCUUCCGCAAUGGUGACCUGGUCAUCAUUGAUGAUGUCAUCGAGCAUGAAUACAUCAUGGAGAGAAUCGUGGAUGGUGAUUGGUGGAUUGGCUUUAGCGACCGUGGGACAGAAGGUCGCUGGCAGUCGGUCAACUGCACGGACCUGACCCCUUGGCAGGCUUCCAACUGGGCCCCUGACCAACCUAAUGACCUGUCUGGAACUCAGGACUGUGGUCAGCUGUUGGAGACUGGUCAAUGGAACGACUGGCAGUGCGACCGACCCAUGCAGUACAUCUGUGAGAUCGCACCCAGAGUGUUUAACCCAGAAGACCAAGUGGCCACCAACCUCACACUGGAAGAAGUUACUUCUUCCUCAGUCACUGUGAGCUGGAUGCCUCCCUCCUACAGCUGUGAUGUCCUGGGUUAUCGCAUCACCUACACCAUAUCUCUGAGCAUCUACACGUUAGACGUGGAAGGUGGCGACACAUCUCAGGUUACCGUGAGCGGUCUACGUCCGUUGAGUCGUUACUCCUUCACCCUUCAGACCAAGAUGGCAAUGGGCAACUCAGAGCCUAGUGAACCCGUCAUCGCCAAUACUGCUGCUUUCGAGGGUUGUGAGGAUGCCAUUCUACGCACGGAUGCUGUCGGCAACAUAACAUCUCCUCUGUUCCCCGAUAACUACCCACGCCUCGUCAACUGUCUCUAUCGCAUUGAUCUGUCUGCAUCUGUUGGAGCUGAUGCUCGCAUCAGACUACGAUUUGUGACUUUCUCCCUGGGCGCCGAUGACUAUAUUGAGAUCAGAGAGCUUGAUUCAACUUCAAGGAAUAAUGGGAUUCCUACGAUUGUGAAAGGCCGGGGACCAGUUAAGGACUAUUUUAGCUCUGGCAACUCACUGGAAAUUGAGUUUGUGUCGGACACCACUGCCGAAGCCCGCGGCUUCAGAAUUCUAUACUCCCUGUCUGAUGAAGUCCAACCAGCCGUUAAAGAUUGCGGAAUGACUUACACAGUCAAGACGAACACCCUGCUGGGCUUUGAGUCGGUAGGCUACCCCAACCGCUACGACAACUACCAGGACUGUACCUGGUUCUUCACUUGCAGUCCAGGCAAAGUCAUGUUUGCAUACCUCCGUAAGGCUGGCCUAGAAGACGGCUACGAUUGGUUGGUGGUCGGCGAUGGCGGCGAUCCAAUGAAUGAGACCUCGGUGCUACAGCAGGUUACUGGCAAGGCCGAGGAAAUCAGCCUCUUCUCAGAAGAUAACAUGAUGUGGAUGACCUUCAACUCGGACUACUCCAACUCUGGGAAUGGCUUCAGCUUCUUGGUGGAGGAAAUCGACCCAACUGAAGUUUCAGGGCCGCCACCCAAGGUCCAGAGAUCUGGUGACGUUGGAAUCCAGUCAACCUGUGGAGGUGAUAUCCUGGUGCCUAACGACGGACAAGCAAUCAUUACAUCACCCAACUACCCAGACGACUAUGACAGCAACACUACAUGCAUCUGGCUAAUCACUGGCGUCCCGGGACGCAGAUUUCAAAUGAGCUUUACUUACUUCAACACGGAGAAAAGCUACGACUACUUAACUGUGGGUUCCGGUCUGGAUCCGUCUGAUGUCACAUCCCUGCGCACAGCGGCGUCUGGUUCCAGCCUACCCAGUGACAUUGUACUGGCCAGUGACACUGCGUGGGUACUGUUUGCAUCAGAUAGCUCCAUCAAUGCUGGAGGUUUCUCCAUCAGUAUCCAAAAUGGAAACGACUGUGAGGUGAUUCUGACUGUACCUGCUGGCGGUAAUGUAACUGUGAUGUCACCCAACUACCCCAGUGAUUACCCAAGCAACUCAUACUGCUUCUGGACCAUCGUCGGUCAGUCAGGCCAGGCCCUCAGAGCCGACAUUGUCAGUUUCAGUACUGAGGAUGGAUAUGACUUUGUGGAUGUCGGUGUGGGUAACCAGCCUGCUAACCUCUCCACACGCUUCAUACACACAUCUGGCACCGGUGUCCAACCAUUCAGUGCAGAAUCCAGCACUCUGUGGAUGACGUUUACCAGCGAUGGCACCAAUAAUGAUGGAGGAUUCGAGGUCGUUUUCUAUGACGAUAGUUGUGACGAUACCGUCAUUGAGAAUACCACUUCGGGUAGAAUAGAGUCGCUUAACUUCCCCAACACCUACCCCAAUAACCUGGACUGCGUCUGGACCAUCCGCGUUGGUGACAUCUUCCGAGUCAAGCUGAUGUUUGAAGCGUUUGAUGUCGAGGCCGGCUUUGACAAACUAAUCAUUGAUGGUGUGCAAGGCGGCAGUACAUUGACUUUGACUGGUUCCGACCUCCCUGACGACAUUGUAAGUGAAACCAAUGAGAUCACAAUCCGGUUCCAGACUGACUCGGACGGAGGCACCUCUGGAUUUGCUCUGAUGUUUGAAGAAACAUACUAUUGCCCGGAUGGAUAUGUUGCAUUCCCAGUCGGCGAGGCGUACACAUGUUACAGGUUCUCCACUGAGGAGAAGAACUGGCUAGAAGCACGCAAGGACUGCCAGACCACUGAUAACGGAGAUCUGAUCAUUAUUGAGAACGCCCUGGAGAACCGGGGAAUUGCUGAGAUCACUGGGGGUCUAGACUGGUGGCUAGGAUUCUAUGAUCGCGCUAAUGAGGGUAUAUGGCGUUGGGUUGACUGUCAAGCGCCAACGGCGUGGGGCACAGCCAACUGGGAUGAUCCAUCGGGACCAGACAACGCCAACGGUGAUGAAGACUGUGCUAUCAUCUUAGAUACCUCAGGCCGGUACCAGGCUAUUCCCUGCGAGACACCCAGACGCUACAUCUGUGAGAUUGGCCAACCCAAAAACUUUGACGGUAAUCCAGUCAGGUUGUCUGGAUUUAGCUAUUCAACCAGCAGCAUUCAUCUGGAAUGGGUGCUUAGUCCACAACGCUGUGACGUCCUCAGCUAUUUCAUCCAGUACAGCACUGCAUCAGGCAGUCCGGAGGAAGCAUUUGUGACUGGUUCCAAUACUAAUGAGCUAGAUGUCUUUGAACUGGUGCGGGAUACCAGCUAUUUCUUCUCCAUUUCUGCAGUCACGUUCACAUCUGGAAAGCUACCAUACUCUGAUCCUGUUGAAAUCAAAACACUUCAGUUUGACAAUGAGUAUUGUCCCCCUGGCUGGCAAGGUGGCUGGGAGUACCAGUGUUACAAGAUUGUGUUGGAUCCUGUCACCUGGGACGAGGCGCGCGCUGAUUGCCGAUCAGUGGAGAACGGCGACCUGGUGGAUAUCAACUUCUAUGCUGAAUUGCAGUACAUCAACCAAACAGCUCCUGGUGAAACACUGUGGAUCGGUUACUAUGAUAAGGGUAUUGAAGGAGACUGGCGCUGGUCUGAUUGUGAACUGCCCAAUGCUUGGCAAGCAAUCAACUGGGCACCAGACUCACCCAAUGAUCCCCUUGGCAACCAGGACUGUGCGGAAAUGACCCCCGACCUCCUGUGGAAUGACCAACCCUGCAACGGCAAUGUCAGGAACGGAUACGUCUGUGAAAUAUACACCAAAAACUAUGCAGAUACUGACCAGAAUCCCUCCAAUCUCACUGGCCAAGCUCUGACGGCCACUAGGGUCUACCUGACCUGGCCCAUCAGUGUGCGUUUUGUCUGUGAUGUCCUCGGGUAUAAAAUCCAAUACUGGUUUGACGAUGAGGACCCAAAGAUCCAACGUGUAGAUGGGGCAAGCACUAACCGUGCAGUGGUGGAGGGUCUAGUGCCCAACAAGAACUACACGUUCUAUAUCUCAGCCUACUCAUCCCUCGGUGAUGUGACACCCACAGCCUAUGUCAAUGUGGUGACUCCUGAUGGAGAUCUCUGCCCCUCAGGCUAUCAGGAAGGCUACGACUAUGGCUGCUACAAGUUUGUCUCUGACAUGAAAGCUUGGAAUGAGGCCAGGACGGAUUGCUUAUCCACUCAAGAUGGUGAUUUAUUGAUCAUUGACAGCCAGGCAGAGCUGGAUUACAUCUCUCAGGUGAAGGAGAACAUCACUGGCACUUGGUGGAUUGGUUUCUAUGACACCGCAGAGGAAGGGGCGUGGCGUUGGGUGGAUUGCUCCACCCCCUCUGGUUUGAAUGGCACUUACUGGGCUAUUGGCCAACCUAGCGAUACUGAUGGAACAGAAAACUGUGCCGAGCUGACUCAAAACAGUAAAUUCAACGACAUAGCCUGCAGCAACCAGCUGAUGUAUGUCUGUGAAAUUACUCGCAAAGAGUUCUUCCCAAGUGAUGUAGAUCCGUCCAAUUUGGAGGGCUUGUCCACAACCUCUGAGUCUGUACUGCUUCGAUGGACAGUGUCGGACUAUAACUGCGACAUCCAGGGAUAUAAGGUUCUGUACAGUGUGGAUCAGGGAGCUGAACAAGAACAGGUUGUUCCUGGAUCCAACACAAACAAUGUGAAUAUUACAGGACUCCUGCCAGAUACUCUGUACAACUUCAAGUUGCUGGCAUACACUGCGUUUAGUGAUCGUGAGGUAACUGCAAUCACCACAGUGACAACUCUACAGAUUGACAACCCCUGUCCUGAAGAUGGCUGGGAGUUGGGCAAUGGGGGCAAGUGCUACAAGUUUGUGGAGCGGUUUGAGACGUGGUACGAUGCUCGGGCAGUGUGCAAGCAGGAUGCCGAUGGUGACCUAGUCAUCAUUGAGACCCAGGAAGAGAACUUGUACAUACAGGACAGAACCCAGGGUGGGGAUUGGUGGAUAGGUUUCUAUGACGUCUCAGUCGAGGGUGACUGGCGUUGGGUAGAUUGCUCCACCCCCUCCCCAUGGACGGCGUCCAACUGGGGCGCAGACCAACCCAACAAUCUCAACGGUAACCAGCAUUGUGGACAGAUCCUGAACGAUGGCAAAUAUAAUGACUGGCAGUGUGAUCGCACCAUGCAGUUCAUUUGUGAAAUCUCUCCUAAACCGUUUGAUCCGAGCGACGGCAACCCGACCCGCCUCCGACUUGCUGAAGACACGCCCAACAGCGUCCUGGUGCGUUGGCGCCCCUCCCUGGUCUCCUGUGACGUGAUUGGCUACCGGAUCAACUACAAUGAUCCAAUCAUCAACGGUUUCACGGAGGUACUAGGGGGCAAUACCUCUAGUGUGAUAAUCUCUGACCUGCUAGAUGGCUUCACUUACUUCUUUGCCAUCGCUGCCUUCACCCAAGAGCAACUGUUACCCUACAGUGAAAGAGUGUCUAUCGUCACUCCCUCUCUAGAUGGUUUGUGUGAGGAAGGAUGGGAGCCUGGACUAGACUACAAAUGCUACAAGUUUGGCAUCCAACAGAAGACGUGGGAGGAGGCAAGAGCAGACUGCCAGAGCGUCACUGAUGGGGACUUAGUCAUCGUAGAGACCCAGGAAGAACACAGUUAUCUGGUCAACAGAACACUAGGCGGUGAUUGGUGGAUUGGUUUCUAUGACCAAGGCACAGAGGGUGAUUGGCGCUGGGUGGACUGCCAAGCACCAGGAACCUGGGCCAGCGGUAACUGGGGCAGCAAUCAGCCCAACGACUUAGACGACAGCCAAGACUGUGGCCAGAUGCUGCAGACAGGGCUGUGGAAUGACUGGAAUUGCCAGCGACCCAUGCAGUACAUAUGUGAGAUCAAUCCAAAAGCCUUUACUUCCGAGGAACAAGGUCCCACCCUAUUCCGUGGCCGAGCCAAUGAUCCAGUCACCAUCCGGCUUAGCUGGACCCCCUCAGAGUACAACUGUGAGGUCCGCGGCUAUCGCAUCGUGUACGAGGAGGAAAAGGUUGGCAAGACAUUGACUGUAGAGGGCGGUGCAACCAGCUCGGUGUUGCUGAAGAGCCUCAGUCCGGGGGCUACGUAUGUCUUCUACAUCGGAGCAUUCACUAAGGACGACGAGCUGGAUCUGGAGAGUAGAUCAGUUCGAAUACAGCUACCCCAAACUGGGGUUUGUGGCGAGACUGACUGGACGGCAUCUAGUGGUAUGAUAGCAUCGCCUAACUACCCAGACGCUUACCCUGCCUUCCAAGAAUGUGUCUACACUAUCUCACUGCCAGAUGCUGCAGCAUCUGUCCAGAUAGAAUUUAUGGACUUUGACCUGGAAAAGGGGCACGACUUUUUGAUGAUGGGCCCUGGCCUGAUCCCAGACGUGGACAUUCAGUAUGCCCUGACUGGCAGUGAGCUGCCCCAGAUGGCUAUGAUUGACUCUAGCCAGGUGUGGAUGCGAUUCCUUUCAGAUGAAUCCAACCAGAGGUCAGGAUUCUCACUCAUGUAUUCAGCUGCUGAAGCUGACAUGAGUGGGGAGAGCGUAGGCAGUCUGACCAUAGUGCUCAUCAGCCAGUCAUUCAAAUCAUUCACCGAAGCUGUUCAGACUGAGUUUGCCAUCGCUGUGGCCAAUCAACUGAAUGUUUACUGCAAACUGGCUGAAGACAAUUGCUUGGUAGAUGCAACAGCAGAAUUCACAGACAAAGAGGUCCGCUUCGCCAGUUUGGAGGACGUAGCUGAAGGAUUACAAGUGACUUUCUGGGUGAUUGACCCCACUGAUCCUAUGCGACGUCAAGCCGCAUUGACUUCUAGUCAACUGCAGUCCAUGCUGAAUGAAUAUGGGGCGGAUGUCGAAAACGAUGGACAGUUCCAGUUUGUUGUACGUACUGAAUCCAAUCCACUGAGUGAACCAUGGGUCAUUGCACUCCUGUGUGUGCUGGGUUUUCUGGUUCUAAUAUUGCUGGUUGUCAUUGUUAAAGACCUGAGCAGCAGAAGAAAGAAAAGGCCAGGAUCAUCAUUGUCCAGCAGCGAUGUUGAAAUGAAGUCUCGUGACGACUUUAUGACCACAGAUGAUGCAGAGCUGAUCGCUAACAUUGACAAUGAAUCUGUGUCACCUGAUGAAAGAAGGGUUCCGAGUAGCGUGACCGCCAAUGUCUACUAUGUCAAUCCCGUUGCGGCAUCCAUGAACGACGAAGCUGAAGUUAGCCAAGAUCUGGGAAAUACCAAUGAUGUGCCUGAGGUCAGUGACCCCAAGGACGAGGUCAUUGAGGUCAGUGACCUCAAGGGAGAGGUCAAUGGGAAUGUGGAGGUUGAGGUUGAGCCUGAGCCGCUGUAUGCAACAACUACAAGGGAAUCAAUGAAGAAAGAGUAAU